ACUUAUUUCCAACUCCUCCCUAUUCACACACAUUCACAACGCACAUCUAUUCUUUGUUAUCACCGAACAUAUUACAUCUCGCCUCGUUGCGUUUGCAAAUGUCCUUGUCCAUCUACUCCAUCGAGUUUAUACCGCGAGAACACUAACUUACCUCUCCAUAUUCUUCUCUUUGCGGAGUUCUUUUGAGGGUUUGCUACUAACCUUUUUGUUUCUGCCAAAUCCUUCUCAGUAAUUUACCUACGUACUAAAUUAUCUUGACUACAAUGUCUUGGGCAGCACCUCCUCCGCCUGGCGUCCAAGUAACGCCUUACGCCUAUCCUACUACUCUCAAUGCCGCAUAUACUACCGUUCCAGUUCGUCAAGGCUUUGGUCAAGCAUACCAAGCUCCAUCUCAGUAUAAAUAUUCCGCUCCUGCUAAUCCUCAAUCAACAACCACUAUGGCUGCUUCAUCGAAUCAGCAAACCCAGCAGCAGAAGUUUGACUGGCCAGAUUCAGUACGCAGCUAUGUGCAAAGGUCCUUCCAGUCAUCAAAUCUAGAUCCCAGCGUAACCCGUGCCGAGAUGGAAGCCAAGUUGAAGGAUACUAUCAGGUACACUCAGGAUUGUGGAACUAUGUACACUACGGAUUGGGACAACAUGCCUUUGCCGCAAACAUUAAUCAAGAAUGAACGCCAACAAGCGUUGAUGCAGUCUAUGACACCACCCGUGGUGUCAGAGACAACUCCUAGCUCUGUUAUCGCUCCUAUUAACCCAAAGAAGAGGAAGUCUACGGAUCUCAGCGGACCCGAACAGACCAACACCGCUUCAGUACCGUGGCGUAGCACCAGAGCCCUUUCUCUCGAAGAUCGAAUUACCAAACCGUCGAUGGAAAGUCCGUUACCGGCCAAAAGUAAGUUCCAGAAGAAUGUCGAGAAGCGACAGCGUCGCGGUGAUGGUGGAUACCAGUCUACCUACCGAUCUCCUAGCCCGCCGCCCCCUACCGGACCUAUCGUCGGACUAAACGAAUCCUUGGAGAAGAGAUAUCUGCGCUUAACUGCUGCACCGAAAGCAGCCGAUGUCCGACCUGAACGUAUAUUGCAUCAGACGCUAGACUUACUUAAGAAGAAGUGGCGGAAAGACGGCAACUAUAACUACAUUUGUGAUCAGUUUAAAUCGCUACGCCAGGAUCUGACAGUACAACGCAUUAGGAAUGACUUCACUGUUUCUGUUUAUGAAAUUCAUGCCAGAAUUGCCUUGGAGAAGGGGGAUCUCGGUGAGUAUAAUCAGUGCCAGACUCAGCUACGUGCUCUUUAUAAGUCGGGUCUGAAGGGCAAUUCUAUCGAAUUCAAGGCGUAUCGUAUUUUGUAUUUCAUCCAUACCGCAAACCGGUCGGCGUUGAAUGACGCCAUCGCAGAUCUAACUACAGCAGAGAAAGAAGAGCGACCGAUCAAGCAUGCUCUGGACGUACGUUCAGCCCUCGCUUUAGGCAACUACCAUAGAUUUUUCCAGCUAUAUCUUGACGUCCCUAAUAUGGGAGCAUAUCUCAUGGAUAUGUUUGUCAAACGUGAACGACUUGCUGCACUUGCAAACAUGUGCAAGGCAUUUAAACCAGAUCUGAAGCUUCGUUAUAUCACUGAGGAAUUAGCCUUCGAGUCUGAUGCUGAAGCUGCACAGUUCAUUAUCGACUGCAACGGCCAAGAUCUGCUUCAAGAACGGCAAGACUACAUUGCCUUUCUAACCGGAAAGGCUGGGAUGCUAUUCGAGACAGCCAGAACUGAGGCGUUCCGUAGAGUCGACCUUAAGGGCCAGAUUUGAUUCGUCUGCCAAAUUCUCUUUAUAUCUUUUGUUUUUUCUCCCUCCGACACGACGCUCUUCACAUCUGGUCUGACUGCAUCGCAUCACUACACAUUACUCCUUCGUAGACAUCCCUUUGCACAUUUCCGACAAGCAGCUUUCGUUGAUUUGACGAGACAUGUCGUUCAAGAUAAGCGGCUCUGGAUAUCGAACUUGGUUUCCCCCCGAGUAUGAAUCUGUGACGCGGCUUAUCGAACAUUCCGUCCGAUCGAUCUCAUGAGGCGCAACGCGUUCGCCCACGAAAAUUCUUACAUUGACUUUCAAUCACAGUAAACACAGUUGUGGUCCGGUUUGGCAUAGGUGCCUGGUGGGACGUUUGAUAAGGGGCGGUUAGAGUUUUUCGAUGUUGGCGUUGGUCAUGGAGACGAGGUUUACGGCACAAAGGUCCUCGCGGACUCCGGUCAUCAUCGGUGAGGCGCGUUUUGGUUCUGCUCUGAGCAUUUAAGGAGUUUGGCGUUGCUGGACCGAGUGGCCUAGUUACUUUACCGAUACCCUCACACGAUAGAGACUGGUCGUGUGCAUUAGUCACUCGUCAGCUUCCGUAAGGCUGGGAUUGCAUGGAAAAUUAUAGCAAAAUGGAUCGACGGCUGGAACCCGGUUCAGCCAUAGAUAAAAUAUCCGUAAAAUUAGCCUACGGAAAGCAUUUCUAUGCUGUCCAUAAUAUAAUUGAGUUUCGAUA